AUGCUGAGAGAUGAGAACAAAUUAUCCACACUUUGGUCCCACGGCCAGAACGGGGCAGGCUCGGGGGACGUGGCCCAGGAACCUCGGCUCUUCCCCACUCCCGCUGUGUUUCACACCUUGCCACUCAAGGGUAGAGUCCGGGUGGAGCCACAGUUCUUUGGAUUCCAGGACCAGCUCACAAAGGGCAGUGUGAAGAUAACCUCAACGUCACACCUUCUGGAACCUCGACUUCACAGUCCUCAAAAGCCUCUGUGGAGCCCACCUCCCCUACCAGCCGGCCCCCCUCCUCUGGGGCUCAGAGCAUCCCUUGCUGGCUACCUCCUCUCCAGAGCUUACCAGCGCCUCUGGGACUCCUCCCACCUCAUCUUGCAAGAGCUGUUGGGCCAAAAGCAGCCCCUGCUGGAACCCAUGCCCCACCGGGAGCGGCAGUCCUUCCAGUACAGGCUCUCCUCGCUCUACCUGUACUACCUGGGGCUGCUGCGCUGGUUCGACACCCUCUGUGACCAGAUGGUGCAGCGACGGCUGCUGGACGAUGCGGGCCGCGUGCUGGAGCUCAAAGACCAUCUGGUUCGCGUGGACCUGUGCGAGACCCACUGCCUGGACCAAGCGCUGCAGGACUUAAAGCUCACCCAGGCAGACCUGGAGGUUCCAAUUCCCAAAUACUUCCAGCUGGAGCGGUCCAGCAUCCUGAGGGAGCGAGAGCAUAUGCUGGCAGAGCUCCUGUCCAGACGAGAGCCAGUGUUCGCCGAGGAGAGCUUUCCAAUAUUACCCCAGACGGAGGCCAUAAUCCUACUGCAAAGGGCCAAGAGGGCCAGGCAAGGCAGGCUUCGAGCCACCUUCAUGUGAGAGAUUCGGAAAAAGGAGGAGGGAGAUUGAAAGAUUCGGGAGGAAGGGCGGCCCAGGUUCAGUCAGGACGAAGCAGCGAUCAUCAUACACAAGGUGUGGAAAGAUUACCAGCAGAGGAAACGCACUCAGCAGGACCGGCACGAGAUGGAGUUCAUCGGCAUGCUCCCCUCGUCCAGCCAGGCGGAGCAGUCGGACGUCAUGUCCCAGGCCAGCCUCAGGGGGGAUGUCCGGAGACUCCUCCAGACGGAGAAGGAGUUCCAGUCGGCCGUGGUGAAGACCCACGAUGCCCUCAGGGAGACGGAGGGGCCCGACAUGAAAGAGAAAAUGAAGGGGCAAAUCCGAGUGCCAUCAGCCUCAGCUGACCCAACCCUGAGCCCUUCUUUCCCUCCUCAUCCCAGUGUUGAACCCCACUUCUGUUUUGUCCUUUGGUCCAGAUUGGAUUCUCUUCACCACCCCCCCCCCCACGCCCCGACACGCUGCUCUCCCCUCUAUUCUGUAACUAUCCACUCCUUCCCUCUCUCCCUCUAUCUCCCUGGUCCUUCAUCUUUCUCCAUCCUUCCCUCUAUCCAUCUAUCCAUUCAUCCACCCACCCUUUCUGCCACCCGUCUAUCUAACCAUUCAUCAAUCCAUUUAUCCUUCUGUUCCUCCACCCAUCCGUCCACCCAUCCAUCCAUCUGUCCAUCCAUCCAUCCACCCAUCCGUCCACCCAUCCAUCCAUCUGUCCAUCCAUCCAUCCGUCCACCCAUCCAUCCAUCCAUCCAUCCAUCCACCCAUCCAUCCAUCCACCCAUCCGUCCACCCAUCCAUCCAUCCAUCCAUCCAUCCAUCCAUCCAUCCACCCAUCCACCCAUCCAUCCAUCCACCCAUCCAUCCAUCUGUCUCUCCAACCAUGUUACGUUCAUUUAGUGCCUUUACUGGCCGAUUCCCUGAUUAUCCACAUGAGUCUUUAGGUGGAUCCUACCUGACCUUUGCAGACAAGACUCCAGAACAGUUGAAAAUGGAACUGGAGGUGCAGGUCCAGGAGAGCAAAAAAAAAGGACAAAAAAAAAGUAAGGGAAAAGAAAAGGAGAAAAAAGAGAAAAAGAAGAAGAAAAGGAAGGGAGAAAUGACCAGGAAGCAGGAAGCAGAUACGAUGCUGAGAGUACUGCCCUCCAAACCCAUCCCUGUGAUUAAUGCCGGACACGAGGAGUACACAGAUCUGUGGAAGAACCGGUUUGAUAGCCUACAUCAGAGUUUUGACUGUGAGAUCCUCCAGGUGGAGAAGAGGAAGGAAGUGGAGCAAGAGACCAGCCUCCAGGUAAAUGAGCUGAUGCGUCAGGAGCUGAAGAGCCUGCGGCUGGCUGCGGUCAGGGAGGAGGGGAGAUCUUCGAAGUCUCCGAAGGCAAGAUGAGGGAAAAAGGUGGGCAUGAAACCUGAGAAGAGGAAGAAAGAAAAAGAUCUGACCCCAGACAGGUCUGUGGACUCCCUGUUUGAAGAACUCAUCAUCUUUGGCCUUCUACAGAAGUGCGAGACACCGGCUUUGAAAGACUGUGUUGGUGACUGCCUCUGUCUUGGAUCGACUCUGAAUUUGGCAAACAAGCUGCCUAUGCCUUCCCUGUUUGACAUACGACAGAACGUGGCCUUGUAUGGGGUUCUGCGGCUUGGCUCCCCAGACAUACACUCCAUGGCCCCCUUCAUCUGCUCCAUCCUCCUGGUGGGCCCCUCGGGCAUGGGGAAGAAGAUGCUGGUCAAGGCCGUGUGCACGGAAACCAGUGCCGACCUUUUCGACCUGUCACCUGGCAACCUGCAGGGCAAAUGUCCCGGCAAGACCGGGGUGCAGACGUGGGUGCAUAUCGUCUUUAAGUUGGCUCGGUACCUACAGCUCUGGAUUGGGAAUGCGGAGAAGAAUUUCUAUAAGCGAGUCCCAAAAAAAGACAAGGAGAUGGACCCCAAGCGAAUAAAGAAGGACCUCACCGAGGCCCUGCGACUGCUGAAUCCUGGAGACCGCGCGAAGCUGAUCGGGACCACUGACCGGCCGCAGGCGCCUGAGAUGAAGGGGCUGUGUCGCACCUACGAGCGGAUCCUCCUGCCGUGGCCCGAUUAUGCUUCUCGCUAUGUGCUCUGGAAGCAUAUGAUAGAGGCCCAGGGGGUCCAGGUGACCCAGAGCCUGGACAUCAGUGCCCUGGCCAAGGUGUCCGAUGGCUACACACCUGGUUGCGUUCUCCAAGCCAUCCAAGCCAUGCUGACAGAACGGCGGCUCCUGCAAUUGUCCAAGCGGCCCCUGGUGGCCUCAGAGAUCCUGUGGCACCUGGCAAAGCUGGACCCGGUGUACAGGGAGGAGGAGGAGUCCCUGGAGGACUGGUACUUCAAGACCCCGCUGGGCGAGAAGAGGAUGAAACUCAUCAAGGACCAAGACGCCGCCGAGGAAGCCAAGCUGGCAAAGGAGGAGAAGAAAAGGAAGUGAUGCUGAGGCCGGAG